CGCCCGCCCGCGCCGGGACCCCCGAGUACAGCCGCUGCAGCUGGUGCUGCUGCCGCCGCCAUUGGAUUAAAAAUAGCAUCUUCCCUCCCCCUUUCCUCCUGCGGGCACGGCGCUCUCGCCGCGCCCUGCCCCGGGCCCGGCUACUAUCCGUCUCUAUUGCCCUCGCACUGCCUGCUCGUCGUCCGCCGGCCGGCGGGACUGAAGGAGCAUGCAGCGGGCCGCGCUCUUCAGCGGCGGUGAUGCGCAGAUGGCUGCCGGGGACCUGGGCGAGCUGCUUGUCCCCUACAUGCCCACGAUCCGAGUGCCCAAGUCAGGGGACCGGGUCUACAAGACGGAGUGUGCCUUCUCCUACGACUCGCCUGAUUCAGAAGGAGGUCUCUAUGUGUGCAUGAACACAUUUCUGGGAUUUGGAAGGGAACACAUUGAGAGGCAUUACCGGAAAACAGGACAGCGUGUAUAUUUGCAUCUGAAACGACGUGUGAUAGAGAAGGUACCAGGGGCAUCUGGUGGAGCUUUACCAAAAAGGAGGAAUGCUAAGCUAUUUUUAGAUCUAGAAAUAAGCAGUGAUCUGAACAGUGAUGACUUUGAAUAUGAAGAUGAAGCAAAACUCGUUUUAUUUCCUGAUCACUAUGAAAUCCCAUUACCUAAUAUAGAAGAGCUACCAGCACUGGUGACGAUAGCUUGUGAUGCACUCCUCAGCGCAAAAUCACCCUACAGGAAGCAGGACCCUGACUCCUGGGAAGAAGAACUGCAGGCAUCUAAACAUGCCAAAACACUUGUACAGUUAGACAAUGGUGUUAGAAUUCCCCCCAGUGGUUGGAAAUGCUCAAAAUGUGACCUGCGGGAGAAUCUGUGGCUAAACUUGACAGAUGGUUCUGUGCUUUGUGGAAGGUGGUUCUUUGAUGGCAGUGGGGGAAAUGGGCACGCAAUGGAGCACUACAAGGAGACAGGGUAUCCCCUAGCAGUGAAGUUGGGAACCAUCACUCCUGAUGGAGCAGAUGUCUAUUCCUUUGAUGAAGAGGAGCCGGUUUUAGACCCACAUAUAGCAAAACAUUUGGCACACUUUGGAAUUGAUAUGCUGCAGAUGCAAGUGACAGAGAAUGGGCUAAGAGAUAAUGAUAUAAAACCAAGAGUCUCUGAAUGGGAAGUGAUUCAAGAAGCUGGUGUGAAACUCAAGCCCAUGUAUGGUCCAGGAUACACUGGCAUGAAGAACCUGGGAAAUAGCUGUUACCUCAAUGCUGUCAUGCAAGCCGUUUUCAGCAUCCCAGAGUUCCAGCGAGCGUAUGUAGGAAACCUUCCACGAAUAUUUGACUACUCCCCUCUUGAUCCAACGCAAGAUUUUAGCACUCAGAUGGCUAAACUGGGACAUGGCCUCCUUUCAGGCCAGUACUCUAAGCCACCCAUGAAAUCUGAGCUUAUUGAGCAGGUGAUGAAAGAAGAAUACAAGGCUCAGCGCAAUGGAAUAGCUCCUCAGAUGUUUAAGGCUUUUAUAAGUAAAGGCCACCCAGAAUUUUCCUCUAAUAGACAACAAGAUGCACUGGAAUUUUUCCUACAUCUUAUAAAUCUAGUAGAGAGGAACCCUGUAGGAUCAGAAAACCCUAGUGAUGUUUUCAGGUUUCUGGUGGAAGAACGCACACAAUGCUGCCAGUCUAGAAAGGUUCGCUACACAGAGAGGGUGGACUAUAUCAUGCAGUUACCUGUUGCCAUGGAGGCAGCAACAAACAAAGAUGAAUUAAUUGCCUAUGAAUUGAAGAGGCGAGAAGCAGAAGCUACGAGGAGACCUCUACCAGAGCUUGUCCGUGCCAAGAUCCCAUUUAGUGCAUGUCUGCAGGCCUUUUCUGAACCAAACAAUGUAGAGGACUUCUGGAGCAGUGCCCUUCAAGCAAAGUCUGCAGGAGUGAAGACUUCUCGGUUUGCUUCAUUUCCUGAAUACUUAGUGGUGCAGAUAAAGAAAUUCACCUUUGGCCUUGACUGGAUACCCAAAAAGCUUGAUGUUUCUAUAGACAUGCCAGAUUUCCUAGAUAUCAACCACCUUCGGGCCAGGGGUCUCCAGCCAGGAGAAGAGGAACUACCAGACAUUGCUCCUCCCAUUAUCAUUCCUGAUGACCCAAAAGGUCGCAUGAUGAACAAUGUCAUGGAGUCUCUAGAUAUUGAUGAGUGUUCAGUUAUGCAACUGGCAGAGAUGGGUUUUCCUUUGGAAGCAUGUCGUAAAGCUGUGUACUAUACAGGCAACCUGGGUGCUGAAGUUGCUUUCAACUGGAUCAUUGCACACAUGGAAGAACCAGACUUUGCUGAGCCAUUGGUCAUACCUGCAUAUGGAGAAGUUGCUUCCAAUGGAGCAGCUGCAUUUGGAACUGUUGGGCUAGAUAACCAACCUCCUGAAGAGAUGAUUGCAAUUAUAAUUUCCAUGGGCUUCCAAAGGAAUCUGGCAAUUCAAGCGUUGAAGGCAACAAACAAUAAUUUGGAGCAUGGACUGGAAUGGAUCUUCAACCACCCUGAACUCGAGGAAGAAAGUGAGCCUGCUUUGGCCAUAAUGGAUAUAGACAACAAUGCUAAUGCCAUUAUUGCAGAGACAGGGUCAGAGGGACCCAGGGUCAAAGACGGGUCUGGAAGAUAUGAGCUGUUUGGGUUCAUCAGCCACAUGGGAACAUCCACAAUGAGUGGCCACUAUGUUUGUCAUCUCAAAAAAGAAGGAAGAUGGGUGAUCUACAAUGACCUUAGAGUCUGUGCCUCAGAACGACCUCCCAAAGACCUGGGAUACAUUUAUUUUUACCACAGGAUACCAAGUUAGGCCUGCAAUCUUUUACUCGGCCUUAAAAAGCCAUAAGCCUUUUUAACCAGCCCAAAAACCCAUACAAUAAAAAAGAAAAUCUAAACCCCACAGAAGACCCCUAGCCCUUGAACUGCCAAAAAGCAAAGGACAUCAUGGGAUACUUGUAGUUUAUUUAAAAAGUCAUUUGAUGCUGCCUUAAGUGUUGGAGGGCAAAUUUCUGUUAGGUGAUGUACAUUGUUUUAAUCUCAUACAUGUUAAAGGAUACCUUAAGACCAUGCAGAUUACUGGUGGAGUUUGCAGCUAGUAUAUGGAGAAAACAGAAGUUUCAGGGUUGAACAAAAAUAGCCCAUCAGCUGGGGUUCAGCCCAGCUCCUGCCUGUUCUGACCAUGCAUCUGUUGAAGACCACAAAGAAAUACUUGCACCUUUGGUAAGUGGGAACCAGUGUUUUCAACCAGAGUCAAGACCACUUAGAUAAAUCAUGUUGCGUACAGAAUUGGAGGGGGUAUGUGAGUUUAAUUCAGAAUAGGAUGUCUUCUUUAAGAGAUUAUUUUUGGUUUUGUGAGAAAAUUGUAACAGAUACAACUAGAGUUAUAUCUGUUGUAAUUCAGCUUUAUAGUAUUUUGGUUUGCCUUUUUGAUGCAUAAACCUAAGAAAUAAAUGGAGAUGGAAGCAAUCUCCUGCCAGUGCCCUGCACAUUUUCUUAGAAAGAGAAAUGGUAGAUUUUAUUUUUGCAGACACAGGUUUCUUCAUCUUCUCUUGGAUGUUUCUUUUGCAAAUUCUUCCAACAGAUCCAGGAUUACAGAUGGCUAAAGGAAGCAGACUUUCUGACUAUAAAAUUAAAUGCAUACCUUAGGAAAGCCAAGGGUAUUAUUUAAAUUUUAUCUUCUUAUGAAGGAGGUAAAGGAGGUGUUAAUGUCCCAUUAUAUUUAUUCCGGGGAAAUUUUCAUCUUGACCACUCACAUUCCAUCUGAAACCAACUUGACAAAGCACUCACGGUGCAAUUCUGCUUUCUGCCAAAGAUUGCUUAAAUACUUAGUUCCAUCCAUGAGUGGGGGAAAUGGCUUAGUAAGAUUGCUGAUUUAUUGAUUUUCCCCUCUGUCCUUCCUCCCUUAGAAAAACCAAAACCAUCAAAACUAAA